AUGAAGGUGAAGUCCGGCCAUAAGUCUUUCCAACAAAUCAAACAUGAAAUGGUUGAGGAAUUGGGCAGACCAGUUACUCUUAGUGAAGUUUUCAUCAAGACACAUACACAAAAGGAUGGAACCUUUGUCGAUUUGAAAGCGGAGCAGGUUGCAGAGAUAUAUAAGAAGAACAAAGAAGCCAAGUUGACUGCCCUUGAGGCUGAAAACUCACAGACUUUAUUCGGUGCUUCCAAUGAUCCACAGCUCUCCAUAGAGGAGGAUAACGAGAUAUUCCUUUUGUCAACUUUCACAAAUGAAAGAGGACAACACUAUGGCAUUGGAAGCCUCCAGCAAACUCUCGUCAAUGGAAAACAAAAAUUCAGUGAAUUCUCUUCUUCUGCAUUCCUCGACAUGAAGAAGCUUCUUGAAGAAGCUCACCGCAAAAUAGAAGAGCAGGCAGCUUCUAAUGAGCACAUGCUGCUAUUAUUGCAGACCAGGGUGCUUGUAUUGCAGAGCAAUCAAAACAGAUCAGGGAAUUCUCUUUAG